AUGGGCAAGGAGAAAAAAAGUAAAACCAAGGGAACGAAGAAACCGCAUAAGAAAGAUAAAAAUGCGACAAUUGAAGGAAACUCAACAGAAGAAAGUCGAGAGACUAAAAAGAGAAACAUCAGAUUCCAAAUACGUCGUCAGAAUGGAAGCAAAGAGGCUCCGUCGACAGCAAUGUCGCAGAAAAAUACGAAAGGGAAAGGGAAGGGGAAGGGGAGUAAACAGAAAAGAAAUACACAGGAUACGACGAUCGAAGAAACUCAGACUCAGAAUCAGAAUCCACUAUUCAAGUUUGGGGAAACAGUGAAGAAUGCGAUUACGUUUAAACCAGCCACACCGACAGAACUUAAUCCACCAGCUCCGGCGGCCCAUAAACCAAAGACUCCAACCAUUUGUGAGGAAGAUCCGGUUGCACCAAAACCGCCGCCACGUACUGUAGUGCCACCUGGGAUGCAAGCGAUCCACCCAAACAAUAACGCAGCUCCUGCCAAGCUUAAUCAAGGGGCUCCUGUCGUUAUCAGUCCGGUUCCUGGCGCUGAAAUGGCUGUCAAUUCAACAGUUACUCCGAACUCGCAACUUUCUCAAACCGAUAAAUGGAGUGGUGAAGAGACGGCGAAGAAUUGGCUUGAUAAAGCUGAUUUUGCGAAAACAAAAUCGGAAUUCGAAAGUCUACAGUGUAUCACUGUAGAUGUAGAUACCGAAUGCAAGAAAUGGAAGGCUAAUCCCAAACUAAACCAAUCUACCACAGAUUACCCAGCUCUUGAUGAUCACCUCGUUACUCUUGAAAACGUCUAUGUUCAUAUGACCCAAGUGGAUGUCCAAUUGCCACGUAACGUUCUUAUUGGACAGUUUCCGACGAAAGGAAAUGAAGAAGGAUUCUGGAAGGUGGUCUUCAACAAAGGAGUCACUUUCAUGGAGAUUAUCACUGAUCAAAAUCUCAUUGAUUUCUUUCCUCUAGGUUCUGGAGAGCAUGUUUAUUACGGUACUAUGUUUGUGAACAAUCGACGUGUGGAGGUUAUCGGCGAGGAUGUGAAUCGAUUCGCAAUUGAAGUUUUGCCGGAGGGAUGCUCCAAUUCUAUCAUUUGCAAUAUUACUGUGAUCAAAAAUUGGGCUGUGGAGAAUGUGCAUUCCAAACAAGCAGUUGUAACAAAAGAAGUUAUUGAGUUCACCAACUUUCUGUCGAUAUCAAAAGAUGACGCAGCGUUGGUAUUGUCCCAAUAUGGAACAGGGCGUGCCGGAUAUUUCCUUGCUCUGUCAGCUGCGGUGUUUAAAAUGGACAAAAUGAUUGAGCCAUCGAUCUUCGACAUCGUCAAAUUUCUUCGAGUUCAACGCCCGAAAGCAGUGGAGUCGUUUAAACAAUACGUUUCUCUGUAUACUACCUUAUUCUAUUACAUCAAGAGAAAAGUGGGAAAAGGUGAUGGUGAGAAGAAAGUGUCUACAGAAUGUAAUGAACAGAUUUGGAACAAGGCGGUUCAUCUCUCAAACCUAUUCACAACUGCCAUGAUUGCCGAAAACAGUGCAUCUUCUGGGAGAUCAACAAUGACAGUUAUCAAGUGA